AUGGGGCCACCCAUCCGGAUGGGCUUUGACAAUGGACCUCCUCGGGACCCCAAUGCUCCAGUGAACACUGGGUACCCGCCGCAGCCCUACGGACCCCCUCAGGGCCAAAGCCCAUAUCCUCCUGCGCCUUAUCAAGGCUAUCCUCCCCCGCCUGCUGCGCCCCCUGUUACUGGUCCCCCACACCAACACGGCGGUGGAUUUCAACAGAAUGGCCGCCAUCAUGGUCGAGGAGGGUUCAAUAACCACAGCAACAACUUCAGACAGCGCCCCGGGUUCAAUGAUAACAAGGGCCGUCAUCACCAUCACAAUAAUAACAACAAGAAGUCAGGUGGUCCUCCUUCAGCUCCGCAGGCGCACCAUCAGAAGCCUGAUGCCGCUUCGGCUGGGAAAAAGAAGAAGCGCAAGACCAAUACUCUCGGUCUCACGCCGGGUGACGAGUCCGAGGACGACCUUGACGAAGAGGCCAAGCUCAGCGAGCUAAUCGGCAGCGAGGUUCCCCAACUCUCAGAUAUCACCGCGUGGAUCGAAGAACGCAAGCGCAACUUUCCUACACAGAAUCGCGUCAAGGCCAAGUUGGCCACAGGCAGCACGAGCAAGAACGGAGAUGCCAAGGACGAGCGUGCGUUAGCUCUCGAGAAGGAACAGGCCAAGGCCGACAAGCUCCGUCGUGAGCUGGAGAGAGUCGAGUCCAGCCUGAAGAGGAAGCGCGAGCAGCAAGACGCUGGCGACGACAUGCGCGGAGUUGCUGCUAGUACCUCCAAGUCACCCUCGAUUAAGUCCGAGGACGACAAGCCUGAGGUGGCAUCUGUCAAGCAGGAUCCCAAUGCUAACCUUCCCCCGCCUCCUAAGAAGGCCGACCCCACCAAGCACUGCAAGUACUAUUCAACGGGAGGCACAUGUGGCAAGAAGGGCAAGUGUCGCUUUGUCCAUGAUCCAGCCGUAAGAGAAGCUGCGUUGAAAGAGCGGGAGAUGAACGGGGGACGGAUGACGCUUCAGCAGCGGCUGACGCUCAAUGACAAGGAUCAAGAGGAUCUGACAAUUAUCAAGACCCUCGCCUACCUCAAGGAGAAGGGCUUGAUGGAGGCCAAGUCAGCCUCGAACGGCACGGCUGCGGACGAUAAAACCCCGACCCCAAGCACCAAAUCCUCAUUGCCUCCUCCUCCAGCCAAUGGCCUGCCGCCUCAGCCACCACCAAGCGUUGUGUCGACGCCGGCAGUCCGUUACCAGGGUUGGAAUCUCAGCGGAUUUGGCAACACUGGUGUCAAGAGUGACCAUUAG